AUGUCGGCACCUUCAACAGACAUAUCACAGCUCUCGCAGCAGCAGCAACUCGCGCUGCAACAAGUCACUUCGGUGACAGACCAGGACCUUGACACAGCUCUGGCCUUGCUACAGCGCUGUCAAUGGAAUGCUCAGAUCGCAAUCACGCGCUUCUUCGACGGCGAUGCUGAUGUCGUCGACGUCGACGUCCCUCCACCCCAAGACACUCGCCGCUCCGAGAACCUGGCCGCCAGUCUCGAUGCCGCCGCUUCCACCAGAAGCUUCAGAUCGACCCCCGAUGGCCUGCAGCAAGCUCCUCGCGUUGUCCCUACACCAGAAAGCCAGCUGUCCCAGCCAGCGCCCUUCGUCUUGCAGCUGCUCUUCCUGCCCUUCAACCUGACCUACUCUAUCUUCACCCGUGUCUUUGGCGCUCUCGGCUACAUCUUCCCCGUCCUACCUCGCCUCCUGCACCGCAUCUUCCCUCUGCAGUCCGCUCGUCCCAACAACUCCGACAAACGGCCCUUGAACCCUCGCGACACGGCUUCUCGCUUUAUCCGCGACUUUGAGGAAGACUACAACGUCGAGCCAAACACUAUCCCCUUCUUUGAGAAUGGCUAUGCCCAAGCCUUUGACCUAGCCAAACGAGACCUCAAAUACCUGCUGGUCAUUCUGCUGUCCCCGGAGCAUGAUGACACCGCCCCUUUCGUCCGCGAUACUCUGCUUUCGCCACAGGUCAAGGAGUUCAUCCAAGCUCACGCUUCUGAUCUGGUUCUUUGGGCUGGGAGCGUCCAAGACUCGGAAGCCUACCAGGUUGCCAACGCCCUCAACGUCACAAAAUUUCCCUUUACCGGUCUGAUCGUCCAUACUCCCUCCGUCUCAUCAACCUCUAUGUCUCUCAUCGCUCGCGUCGCUGGUCCAGUGCCCCCGUCAGACUUUCUUGUCAAGAUGCAAGAUGCCAUGCAAAAGCGCGACCAAGAGUUGGAAGGCGCGAGGAGACAGAGAUCCGAGCAACAGGCUUCAAGAUCUCUUAGAGAAGAGCAGAAUAGUGCAUACGAGCGGUCCCUGGCUCAAGACAGAGAGAGGGCUCGCCAGAGAAAGGAAGCUGAAGCUGCCCAACAAAAGGCCGAACGUGAAGAAAGAGAACGCGCAGAGGCAAAACAGCAAAAGGCACAGAAUGUCUUGCAGUGGAGGAAAUGGCGCUUGCACUCAUUGCCGCAUGAACCUGCUCCUACUGCCAGCGAUGUAGUGCGCAUCAGCGUCAGAAUGCCCUCAGGCGAGAGAGUGAUACGCAAGUUUGGCGCUGACGCUCCGCUCGAAGAGCUAUAUGCGUUCGUUGAAUGCUACGACAUCAUGCAGAACGACGAGCUGGCGUCACGAGAGGGAACCUCUGAGCCGAGCGGCUACAGGCACGAAUACGAGUUCCAGUUGGUCUCGCCCAUGCCUCGCGAAGUGUACGGUCUUGAUCAGGGCGGCACUCUAAAGUCUCGUGUUGGAAGAAGUGCGAAUCUAAUGGUAGAAAAACUGGUAGAAGAUGACGACGACGAC